AUGGGGCCUCUUCAAAAUAGGGAAAACAAUUGCAAGCGGGUUGCAAUUGCGUGGAGGGGAGAUUUAGACGGAGAGGUUGAUGGAAGAUUGGAGAGCCGGCGUGAGGAAAAUUGUCGAGAAGGGCUGGUUGGCCUUGGUUCCCAGCACAGAGUGGGUCAGAAGCUCCGGGGCAACCAAUCAACAGACGGAGAGAAUUUUGCUCAAUCAAGGCUCCCGAGUUCCCCACCUGGCAUCUUCAAAAACCUGAGCUGGAUCGAGCUGCCCGACACAGCUCUCGCAACUACAAAAGAUAUGGUGGUGUAG